GGGGGGGCCUCCGGCAGCGGGUUACAUAACCACCUCCCGGCAGAGCGGCAGCACAUGGCGGCGGAGAGGCGUUGCGGGGUCCACCCCCCACGACUUCCCCGCCGGCGUCCCGCCCGCGCCGUUCUCCGGAGCGGUGGAGACCUUGGCCGGCCUGUCCCCGGCCGGGCCUGCGGGGCCGUGGGGCCGCUCCUGCGCCGGCGUGCGCUCCACAUGCUCCUGGGCCUGGCUCGGAGUGGCCGUUUCCACCAGCGGUGAAGGAGAGUUCCCGUUGCUCCACACCCUCACCAGCAUUUGGUGGUGUCAGUGUUCCGGAUUUGGGCCAUUCUAAAAGUGAAAGCAUGCGCGGCCUAACAGCACAGGUGACGGCUCUCCUGCGCUUGCCAGAGGUGACCGUGCAAGCCUUUGCGGAAGAUGGAGUGACGUCAGAAUGUGUGCUUCAUGGCAAGCUCACUCCAGGGAGAAACGCACUUGCUUGCCUGGCUUGUGGUCCACAGCUUGAGGUAGUAAACUUUCUCACAGGAGCACGGCUGUCUGCAUAUCGAUUCAAUGGAGUGAGUCAGCAGCCUCCUGUCGUCCUGGCUAUGAAGGAGUUCUCCUGGCAGAAGAGAACCGGGUUGUUAAUCGGACUAGAGGAAGCAGAAGGGAGUGUUCUCUGCCUUUAUGACCUUGGUGUGUCCAGAGUGGUUAAAGCCGUUGUUCUUCCUGGAAGGGUAACUGCCAUCGAGCCUGUUAUUAACCACGGUGGAGCCAGCGCGAGCACUCAGCAUUUGCACCCCAGCCUGCGGUGGCUCUUUGGUGUGGCGGCCGUGGUGACAGACGUCGGACGGGUCCUCCUCAUUGACUUGUGUUUGGAUGACUCGUGCGGCCAGAAUGAAGUGGAUGCGUCAGACCUUGAAGUCGUCACCGGCAUCCCAGCUGAGGUGCCGCACAUCAGAGAGACCGUGAUGCGGGCAGGGCGCCAUCUGGGCCUCCAGCUCGCAAGCCCGUCCGGGACAGCUGCAUCGGCGCUCUGUUACAUCGGCAGGACUAACCAGCUGGCCGUGGGCUUUUCCGAUGGCUAUCUAGCUCUGUGGAAUAUGAAAAGCAUGAAAAGAGAGUACUACACUCAGUUGGAAGGUGGACGAGUUCCCGUGUACGCGCUUACUUUUCAAGAGCCGGAGAACGACCCUCGUAAUUGCUGUUACCUGUGGGCUGUUCAGUCUACACAGGACAGUGAAGGGGACGUUUUGAGUUUACACCUGCUUCAGCUGGCCUUUGGUGAUAGAAAGUGUUUGGCAUCGGGACAAAUCUUGUAUGAGGGGCUAGAGUACUGUGAAGAGAGAUACACACUGGACCUCACGGGUGGCAUGUUUCCUUUGAGGGGACAGACUAGUAAUACCAAGCUGUUGGGCUGCCAGAGUAUAGAGAAAUUUCGAUAUCAUGGCGACAGAGAGGAAGGCAUGAGUGAAGCGCUGUCUCCUGACACCAGUGUUUCAGUCUUUACCUGGCAGGUGAAUGUAUACGGACAAGGGAAGCCUUCUGUGUACCUGGGGCUUUUUGACAUAAAUCGUUGGUAUCAUGCGCAAAUGCCAGACUCGCUAAGAUCAGGAGAGUAUCUGCAUAGUUGCUCCUAUUUUGCAUUGUGGUCACUGGAUUCUGUCGUGAGUAAGGCUUCCCCACACUACAUCUUGGAUGUGCUGGUGCACGAGAGAAGCUUGAGUCGAGGAGUGCCUCCCUCGUUCCCACCUCCUGAGCAGUUUUUUAGCCCAAGUACUUACAAUUUUGAUGCCACUUGUUUAUUAAACUCAGGAAUUGUUCGUAUAACUUGUAACGGCUUUCACAAGGAGACUUUGACUUUUUUAAAGAAAUCAGGACCGUCCCUCAGUGAAUUCAUACCUGAUGGUUAUAAUCGAUGUCUUCUGGCUGGCCUUCUGUCACCGAGACUUGUUGAUAUUCAGCCUUCCAACUUAACUCAGGAAGAACAGUUAGAAGCUAUACUGUCAGCAGCAAUCCAUACGAGUUCGCUGGGACUUUUGACUGGAUGUAUCAAAAAGUGGAUAGCAGAAGAACAACCAAAUUCUGCUGCUAAUCUGCGCUUUGUGCUCGAAUGGACGUGGAAUAAAGUGAUUUUCACAAAAGAGGAAUUGGACAGACUAUGUACACCAUUAUUUGAUGGCUCGUGUCGCUUCAUCGAUUCGCAAACCAUACAGUCCCUCCAGCAGUGCCGUUUGCUUCUUAGCAACCUUAAUUCGGUCUUAAACUGUUUCACGAGAGAGGCCCAAGACAUCACCGAGAGAGGCCUUCUGGACCUCCACAGGAAGUGCCUGGUCACCCGGCUCAUCUGCCGGUACACACAAGUGGUGCUUUGGUUCUGCCGCUCCGGGCUGCUACCAGAGGGCUUAGAUGAUGCCGUGCACCUGCCCCGCUUAUGCUACAACUACCCCGUCAUCCAGAACUACUACACCAGCCGUCGACAGAAGUGUGAGCGUCUGUCCAGAGGGAAGUGGAAUCCUGAUUACUUGAUGAUUGACGGAAUGGUUUCUCAGUUAGGAGAUGGCGUGGAGAAGCUGUGGAAACGGGAUGAAGGAGGCACAGGAAAAUACCCCCCCACCAGUCUACACGCACUGCUGGACAUAUACCUCCUAGACGACGUUACCGAAGCGAGCAAACACGCUGUCACCAUUUAUUUGUUACUCGAUAUCAUGUAUUCCUUCCCCAACAAAACAGAUGCUUGCAUCGAAUCAUUUCCGACCGCCUUUGCCAUUUCUUGGGGCCAGGUCAAACUUAUCCAAGGGUUUUGGCUGAUAGAUCAUAAUGACUAUGGGAGCGGCUUGGACCUUCUGUUUCACCCAAGUACUGCAAAACCUGUGUCGUGGCAGCAUUCAAAGAUUAUUCAAGCCUUCAUGAGCCAGGGUGAGCACAGACAAGCCCUCAGGUACAUUCAGACCAUGAAGCCGACGGUGUCCAGCGGCGAUGACGUCAUCCUUCACCUCACUGUUCUGCUUUCUAACAGGUACGUGGUGGAGGCCUGGACUUUCCUGCGGCAGCACUCCGCCGGCCUCAACGUGGAGGAGCUCCUCAGGCACGCGUACGAGGUCUGCCAGGACGCGGGCCUGAUGGAGGAUUUGCUGCAGCUGCCUUUCACCGACACAGAGCAGGAGUGCUUGGUGAGAUUUUUGCAGUCCAGCACCAGUGUCCGAAAUCAGGAGUUCCUUCUAGUUCACUACCUGCAGCGUGCCAAUUACGCCUCUGCCCUGAGGCUGAACCAAACUCUGAAGGCCAAUCUCACGAAUGAUCGGGAUCCUCUUUUGCGGGAGAGAUCAGAGGUUCGGAAUGCUAUAAUAGACCAAUAUGGGAAAGUCCUUCCUAAAAUCCAGCGAAAAUUAGCCUUUGAACAAGCCAAGCCUUACCAUCUGUCCACAUCACCAGUUCUUCAAGAAGUUUCUAGACCCAAACCAUUAUCGACUGUCACAAAGCAGACCGCAACAGGGACUGUGUUAACAAGAUCUACCUUCAUCAGUAGCGUGUUGUCUAAAAUUGGAGAGGUUUGGGCAAACAGCGACCCUAAAGACGGCACAUCAGCCUGCAGCAGUCCUAAAACAGAAGGACCAUCUCCUUCUCUCCCACAUGCAAAAAUGCCUGAGGCAUUUGUUGGAACACCAAUUUUAAAAACGUCACAAAAAGUUUCUAGACCGCCGGAUUCGGUCGUUCAUCCCGUGCCCCAGCCGUCUCAGCAUUUGGGAUUUAUUCAGCAAACCCCCCCAAGGUCUCCUUUAUACCGAGCGUCCAGUUCAUUGCCAGUAAGGUCACAACAGAAAGGAUCGAGUCAGAGCUCUCCCAGGACUUCGGAAUUCCGUGUACUUGAAACUCCCUUUGUAGUGAAGAAAGCUAAAACUCUGGCCAUGUCAGUCGCUUCCUCUGGAUUUGCCGAGUUCACUCCUCAGUCCAUCCUAAGGUCUGGUCUUCGAACAUCACCUUUACCGUCUCCGUCUCUGUCGCCUGGAAGGUCCCUUUCCCCUCCUCUGCGACUUAAAGAAACUAGAAUUUCAUUCAUGGAAGAAGGCGUGGCCACAAAACGGACUGCUGAAGGGGCAGACGAGAGCAGAAUAAGACUAUCUUUUACGUCACCUUUCCAUAAAUGUGGAGUUCCGGCAGAAAACAGACGGCUGAAGAGCGAAGACAGGACAGCAGCCUUUUCCCCGAAUAGUCCCGAAAAGGACCAUCAAGAAAUGGACGUGAGACCGGAGGACACGGCCUCACAGAGUUUGGAGAAACUGGACACGAGCAAAGAAAGUAGCGGUACCUCAACCAGGUCGGACCAGACCACCUUGGAGUACCAGGACGCGCCAUCCCCAGGAGACUUGGAAGAUCUUUUUGUGGCCUCAAAGCCAGUGAGCCCUCCCACAGAAUUAAUUGCUAAUUUGACUGAACAGACAGAGAAGGACAGUGAUCCAGACGUUCUUGAAUCAGAAAUAACUCCUCCAGACCUGGAGAAACAAACGGGCCCUUUGGAAGAGGCGGAAGCACAGGACCUCUUAGUCGCAGAGGCGGAAGUUUCCGAGUUCAGUCACCUGAGCCCCGUUCAAGGAGUCGAAGCUUCCCUCAGUGUACCAGCGGCCCACGAAGGGAAAAUCGUCGCCCUGAAAUCCCGGGUACCAGUUCUAGACGAAGGGGUAGUGUCUGUCGCGGCCUGUUCCUCUACACUCAGAGCAGCUGCGUCUGACGUCCAUGGUGACACUGGGGACCUGGGGCUUGUUGCCUCUGAAAGUCCCGUUACCUCUGGUCAUAAGUCUGACCAAGAAAUAGCACUGACCUUAAAAGAAGAUCAUGAAGUAGCAGCCGAUGUGCUGAAAGCAAGUGUUGACUUUCCAGAAGAAAAGCCUCCUGUCUCUGACGGUCCUCUGGAUACUCAAGGAAUUCAUGUGAUUGAACAUGAAAAGCUUGGAGUUCAAGAUUCGGGACACGAGGCUAAUGAUCUUUCAUUUAAUGAGUUGUAUCCCUCAGGGGCCCUUAAGCUCCAGUAUAACUUUGAUACCAUUGAGCGGCAGUUCUGUGACUUGCCUGAUAAAGACUCCGCUGAGUGUGACGUUGCCGAAGUAGAUGGGGAACUUUUUGGGGCGCAGAGCAACUUUACCUUGAUACUGGAAGGUGAAGAAGGAGAGUUUGAGACAGGUGAUUCUGCCGCAUCUAACGUGUUAGCUACAGCAGCGAACAUGGCAGCGGAAGAAAAACCCGCAUGCGGCGGGGAGAAUGAUGGUCGCGGACACGCCGCAGAUUUCGUGUCUGUCACCGCGAGUGACCGGGAGUCCCAGAAGCUGGAGACGUUACCAUAUGUGCCUGAACCCAUUAAAGUAGCCAUUGCAGAAAAUUUAUUAGAUGUGAUUAAAGACACAAGAAGUAAAGAAAUUACUUCAGAUACAGUGGAACCACCGUCCAUUCACGACAACUUACCUUUAAUAAGCCAGAAGGUAAUGUGUCCCGGCAAGGUAGUCAGAUCUACGCUGAAGACUGUGCAGGAAACCAGUACACUGACCGUAAGCGUGAGCCAGACGCAUGACAUGAUUUCCUCUAGAACGCGCACGAGAGGACAGCGCGUCCAAAACCUGAGUGUCAGACCAGCUCAGCAGGAGGAGUCCGCGGAUGUCGCCACCCCUGGCACCCCGGGGCUUUCGGGCGGGAGGAGAGCGAGGAGAACGAAGGACCUCUCUGGGGCUUCCGAAAGUGCCUGUUCUGACGUCAGAGGAGUGUCUCCGAACCAGCAAGUACCCCAAAAUUCUGUUACUCCUCGGAGAGGACGGAAAAGAAAAGAUCACCAAGACACUUCAGAAAGUGAUCAUCCUAUGGCACGGGAGCCACCGGCCACUCCGGGUGGCUCACGCGGGAGGUUGAAAUCCUCUCCGCUGCUGGAGCCAGCAGCUGAGGAAGUUAAGCUUUCAUCUGUCACCAAAAAGACCCCUAGAAGAAUUAAAAAAGCGGUGGAGAAUGACGACAGUGUUGAAAUGGUAGAUCUAGGCGUAAAAGUUAGUAAAGCAGCACGUUCUGGCGGAAGCACCAGAAAACUGAGAAGUGCUAAACUAGGGGCUUCUGAAACCACGGGAUAUAAGCAAGAUGGAGAAAGUAAGCUUUCACCUGUUACAAAAAAGACUCCUAGAGGCAUUAAAAAAGCAGUAGAAAAUGCCGACAGUGUUGAAAUGGCCGAUAAAGAUGUAAAAGUCAGUAAAGGAGCACGUUCUGGCGGAAGCACCAGAAAACUGAGAAGUGCUAACGUCGGCUCUUCCAGAAGUGUAGGAUACAAACCAGAUCCCAUGUGCAUUGAAGAGGCACCGCCUGUUCAGCACAACAGCAGGGCCAAAAAGAGAGAAGUCAGCACACCGGAUGUUCCGGAAGACUGCCAACGUGACACAUCCCAGCUGGCUCUUGAAACCGAAUCGGAUCUGCCUAGGAAACGGGGUAGGCCGAGAAAAAAACCACCUGAAGACGUGGGAUCUAAGGCCACUAAGGAAGUGAGGAGUCCCAAGAAGACGCAGACUCCCAGCCGCCAAAGGAGGUCCGCCAGGAGCACCCCAGCCAGAGGUGGCAAGGCUGACGCCGGGAAGCCAGCUUUAGAAAAGUCCGUUUCCGUGCCAGCGGAGGAACUCGCCACGGUGACCAGUGCAAAGAGGAAGCUUACAAAAAGGACCGAAAAUCAAAGCCAGACACGUGCAUUACGCUUAACAUCGGAAAAAUGCACGGGCGAAGACCCAAAGGAAUCAGGUGACCCAGAAGCCAAAGUGCCCGCCGCGGUGGCCGUGACCCAGUCCACGCGUGGCAGGAGGACUAGGGCCAGCAAGGCCGUCUCACUGCUGGACCCUUCGGAACCAGAAACGGAGUUUGUCUUUUCUCCUCCUGUGUCAAAGGCUCCAAGGAAAGAGAAAGCUAAAAAAAUAGAGGCUCCAGCACAAUUGCAAGAACUAGUUUCAGAUUUAUCUUCUCAGUUUGUCUUCUCACCGCCUACUUUACGGACCAGGCAGAAAAACACAUCCAGUACAUCCAGACUUGGAGAUGAACUGAAAGAUAACACUCAAUCAACAGAAACUGUGAGAAAGCAAAAAGUGAAAACCACCAGGACUGCAAAGACCAGACAAGCAAGCAGAAACAAAGAAGACGACCCCUGGUCCCCUCCUCCAGUGAAGAUCAGGCUGAUUUCUCCUUUGGGAAGCCCAGUUGACGAUGUAAAGAACAAGCCUAGAAAAGCUACCACGGUACCGACGAGAGGUCUGGGAAGGAGCAAGAAGAAAUUGUCUUCCUUUCCAAAGCAAGUUUUACGGAGAAAAAUGCUGUAAUUUUUUUUUCAAGUUUUUAAUGUACACCAAUUUGUAGAGUCAUCAAAAUUGUGUGGAUUAUUAAAAAUCAUCUAAUUUGGAAGAAAAUGAUUUGUAUAAAUUACUGUAAAUUUUUGUAGACAGAAGCUCUUCAAUAAGCAAAGUAACUCCAUAAGGAGUGUGAUUCUUUUAGUCCAGGCAGUUUUUUCUAUUUUAUAUGAAGACUUCAUACAUUUAUACAGUAUGUAAAUAUGGCUUAUUAUUGGAAUGUUAAAUAAAGUGUAUACUUCACAGUA